GGUCAAGGCGCCCAGGGAGCGGGUGGACAUCCGGCAGCAGCUGCAGGUGAGGCUGCCAGAGGGCACCACGCUGGACCUGCUGAGAGGCACCGAGAUCGCCGUGCGGGUGUUCAGCAAGGUGAACUCCCUGCGCGGCGCCCUCAGGAGCGACCCCCUGAUCGGGGAGGCAACGCUGAGACUCGGCAGCGCAGAGGUCAGCGGCGAGACCCGGCAGCACAGGCUGCAGCUGCUGGCGCGGAGGGGCCAUCCGCAGGGGUACCUGGAGCUCACCGUGCUGGUGCACUUCCGCGAGGACGUGCCCACGAGUGGUACGUUCCUCGGCAACAACUCUGCGAGCUUCGCACGGUCCAGCUUUUUCUGGACGCCGUCGGAGCUGGACAACAGCGAGCUGAAGGCGUGGUGCCAGAAGGUCGGCGUGCCGACCCAGGGGCGGGAGCGUGGAGCAAGCGGCGGGGGUCCGUGGCUGGCCCCCGGGGGCACGGAGUGCGCAGUGCGCGGCGCGGCGUCCACGCUCAGAGCGGGGAUCAUUCCGGAUUGGACCUUUCACGCGGUGGCUGAGACUGGCGCGCACGCCGACAAGAGUGGGAGGCUCGAGCUCGCGCAUGCCAACCUCAGCGACGGCGCCGAGGGCGAGGAGGCGGGGGCCGCCGAGGUGCCUCGCCCGACGUUCGAGCUGCCGGGCCAGGCCCUGCAUGGGGGUGCAGAGGCGAGGGUCGCCGACUACGCCCACCCCCGCGCUGGGGCGUGUACUCUGGACGGGGAGUGGGGCCCCUUCGACGCGCUGGGCGACGGCGACGAGGGGCCCCCCGACGACCCAGGCGGCCGCGCCGGAGCCCCAGCUCGCGGGGCUGCCGGGGCAGUUGGCGAGACCCCUCUGGCGGAGUGUGGCCGGCUGUACCAUGCCGCGGUUCGGGUGCUGGCGGCCACGGCGGCCCGCCUGUGCAAGGAGUACCUCAUGGGCGUCAGGCGCGGCGGGGCCUCCUGGCGCGAGGCACUCGUGGAGGAUCUCGCCAAGGGCGCGCCGAUGCUGACCAAGCCGGGUGGCUUGGCCCACGAUCGGGCCGCGGACCCCGUCGCGCUGCUCGAGAAGUACCGCGCGGAGUGGCGCGGGCACUGGAACGGGCUCAGUCAGGAGGCUGCUGCCGAGCGCCUUACCUUCGUGCAGGGGGCGCUGGACGCGAUGGUGGCCGACGAAGGCCUGGGGCAUCAGCACCUCAGGGUGUCGGCCGAGGACGUCUCCAAGGCGGCGUCCCAGUUUAAGAAGGGUGAGCUCUGCGUGCUCAGCAUCGGGCCCAAGGAGAUUGGCAUGUAUUUCGAGCUGGACGUGCUGGCGACCACCACUGCUCGAGCCGACGUGGCCGCCAGGUCGCGGCACGCCCUGGCGGAUGACCACCCUGGCAUCUGGUGGGAAGGCCUGCGCGCGGUCGUCGAGAACAAGUACGUGACGGCCCUCACGCGGCACGUGGUGACCUCCUUGGCAGGCGGGACCUACAUGACGAGGCAGGUGGCCCACCAGUGGGGCUACCUGAUUGCGCCGGCGUGCCCGCGCUGCGGGGUGACAGAUGCGCCCGCCCAUCGUGCCCUGGGCUGCGUCUGCUUCGAGGCCGGCCGCUUGGGGCAGGGGGAGAAUUGGACCGAGGUGACUCCAGACAGUGCCCUGGACCGUAAGGACUGUAGGCAAAGCGACAUCCCUGAGAGUUUUAAGCGGGUGACAGAGUUUGCCCACACCCACGAUAUUGAAUGGUGUGAGCUCACCCCUCGGCCCGAGGCCGGGGUCGGUGACACCCUUUUGUUCUGCAAGAAAUGCUGCCAGUAUGCCACCUCGAAGCCGCUGGGGCUGGGUAAAGCCUGCCCCAGCUUCGGUGUGGUCGGCUGGCAGCGUAAUGAAGCUGCCCAGCACAAGAUGCGCCGCUUCCUGCAGGGCAAGCACCCCAGGUGCGGCCAGAGCGAGAUGAUUAUCGCGCACUGGCCCCUCUUAGCUCAGGUCUACGGGGCAUGUGCCCCCGAGCCAUAG